AUGGAUGGAUUAACAAAAAGAGGCACAUUCCUCAAUACAACAGUUUCUUCUUCUUCUUCUUCUUCUAUUUACUCUCAAGAGCCACAGCCAGAAGAAGAGCCGUUGUUAAUGGAUUCAGCACAUCUCAAAAACGACACAAACAUGACACUGUGGUCAGUCCUUGCAACAUGCAUUGCCUGUAUGGGAGGGUUUUUAUUUGGCUACGAUUUGGGAGUUGUAGGCGGUAUGCUGAUUGCGCCAUCCUUUCAAACGUAUUUCCACAUUGAUCCCAACAAUAAGAUACAGGAAGCUGAAAUCAAUGGAAACAUUGUGUCUGUAUUACAGGUUGGAUGCUUGUUUGGAAGUCUAUUAGCAACCAGUACUGCAGAUACUCUGGGUCGAAAAUACAGCAUCAUGACAGCUGCACUUGUGUUUUUUAUUGGAGGCGUAUUUCAAAUCAUAGGUUAUAAUCUGAUGAUAUUGUACCUGGGAAGGGCCAUCUCUGGAUUAGGCGUAGGUGCUUUGAGUAUGCUCGUCCCUAUUUAUGUGGCAGAAAUUGCACACCAAAGGCACAGAGGGCUAUUAGGGGGCUUGUGGAUGUUCUUUAUUGCUACAGGUCUCGCUUCUUCAUAUUGGUCAAACUACAUUGUGAGGGUACUGAUUGACCAACACGACAAUAUGCUGUGGCGAAUUCCUUUGAUCAUCCAGGUCAUCCCCUCCGUCAUGCUUCUGUUUGGCAUGGCAUGGCUAUUCGAGACACCUCGCUGGCUUUGCGCUCACAAUAAAUCGGAAGAAGCUUUGCAAGUGCUAUGCAAAAUUCGUGGCUCUGAGGAUGUCAAGGAGGAGAUGCAGCGGAUACAAAACUCUCUCAGUCUUCAAGCAAAAGAUACAUCAUGGAAGCAGGCCCUAUCCGUCGCAAACAGAAAGCGUUUGCUCUUGGGAUGCGCAUUGCAGGCACUUCAGCAAAUGACGGGGACUAAUGUGAUCAAUUACUUUAGCCCCAUUAUAUUCAAGUCGAUAGGGCUUUCAUCAAACGAAGCAGAAUUGCUUGCUACAGGUGUUUAUGGUAUACUAAAGAUGAUUGUUGUACUGAUCGGCUUUUCUUCAUUGAUUGAUCGUUUCGGAAGACGGCCACUACUCAUUAGCGGUGGUGUGGCAAUGGGAAUGUGCAUGUAUGCUGUUUCUGUGUGUGUCGCUUUGAAUCCUAUCAACAAGGCACCACAGAGCCUAGAUGCACCGUCCAUAUCUGCAACUGCUGCUUUGGGAAUUGUGUUCAUGUAUUCUUAUGCUGUAUUCUUUGCUUUAUCCUGGGGACCAUGUCCAUGGCUAUAUUGCUCAGAGAUUUACCCAAUGAGUACAAGAGCAAAAAGCACUUCGCUUACAACAGCAGUAAACUGGAUUUUUAACGCUGCCAUUGGAAAAGUAAGCCCUAUCAUGUUGGCAACCAAUACGAUUGGAACAUACAUAUUCUUUGGCAGCUGGUGCAUUGCAGCAAGUGUCUUUUGUUAUGGGUUCCUACCAGAAACCAAGGGAAAGACAUUGGAAGAAAUCAAUAGUUUAUUUUAG